AUGCAGCAAAACUUUAUAAAUUCAUAAGGAGGAUCUCGAUUAUAAAAAGCAUUUGUGUUUCCACAUCAAGAAUGCUAUAAGGAGAAAGAUGAAUCAUUACUAUUGUCAUAAUUAUCUGACAUAAAUAUUAAUCAAGAAAAAAAUUCAAUAAAUAUAGAGUUAUAAACAUCAAAUUUAAAUAUGAAAAAAUAAAUGAUUAAGUUACCCAUUUAAAAUGUAUUAAGUAUAAUAUUAAGUAGGUUAUUUAUUCACCAAAAGGAAUGAAAAAUUAAUAACAUAAAAUAUAAAAAGAUCAACCCUCAACUAUUGAGAAAUUAAUUAUCAAAAAUAAAAUGAUUAAUCGAUUUAAAAAGAAUUUACUAGAACAAUCAUAUAUUUUAUAAAAGGAUAUAAAAAGUAAAAUUGAAUCAGUACUAAGAGUAGCCAAAGUUAAAUCAGAAUAAGUAUAUAUAUUAAUAAUAAUAUUCAGUACUUAGAUGAAUCAGAUCUUCUACCAUUAUUGACAUCAAAUAAUUAUUUAAUAUUUUGUUGGGACAUUAUAAACUUAUUUCUAGAUUUCAUAAAUCUAUGGUAUUGUGCAUAUUUAGCUACAAUCUUAAGUUUUUAGACCUAACACACCAUAUUAGAAACCAUCCUCCUAUUUAAUAAUGGUUUUGAAAUUUUACUUAAUUUUCAUCGAUCCAUAUUAAUAAACGGAGAAUAUGUUAGAAAUAGGGGUAUAAUUACAAAAACAUAUUUAAAAGGAGGAUUUAUAUUUGAUUUUUUAGGAUUCAUGAUUUGGUUACUUUAAAUCUUAAUGAAUGGAGAUGAGUCUUAUUUUGAGAUAAUAGUUAUAUUUUAAAUUUUACUUAUUGUUAUUAGAAUAAUAAGAAAGUAUUAAAAUAGUACAUCAUAAUUAUAUCUAAAAGAAUACCAAACUAAUAUUUUAGAUCUUCUUACAUUAAUGCUUAUUUUAUACUUUUUUGCACAUAUUGUCGCAUGUAUGUGGUAUUAUAUUGGAGAGAAGACAUCAGAUUUAGGACAAAGUUGGAUUCUUAAAUAUGGAUUUAGUGAUAAAUCUAAUGGUGAAAAAUAUAAUGCUGCUUUUUAUUGGGCAACUAUGACAAUGGUUACAGUUGGAUAUGGAGAUAUUACAGCCACUAAUUAUUAUGAGAUCUUAUUUUCUAAUUUUAUGAUGCUAGUCUCUAGUUGUAUCUUUGGAUAUUCUAUGAAUUCAAUUGGAAUGAUUCUAAAAGCUAUUUAAGAUUAAAAUAGUAGAUACAGGUAAAGUAUUAAAAUUAUAUAAGAAAAACAUUGCGAAUAGUUAAUGCUUACAUGCAUGCUAAUAAUGUUAAUGAAUCCAUUUAAUAUAAAAUAAGAAAUUAUUUACAAAUACAAAAUGAAAGAGAAUCAUUCGAAAAUGCACAAGCACUUGAAAAGAUUAUUGAUGAAUUACCAUCAGAAUUAAAACUUGAAUUAUAAUUAAACAUUCAACAAAAAAUAAUAGCCAAAAUAAAAGUAUUGGGAGCAUUAUUCUCUAAAUCUACAUUAACAUUAACUGCCUAAGUUUUAAGUAAGAAAUUGAUGUUCCCUGGAUAACUCAUAUUUUAAUAAAAUUCAACUUAAGAUGAUAGUCUAUAUUAUUUGUAUUAAGGUUCUAUAUAAGUAAUAGAAGAGAAAAGUUAAAAGGCUUUGAGUAUCAUUAAAGCUGGUAAUACUUUUGGUGAAUAUUCAUUUUUUAGUGGAUUCUAACCUAUAAAUACAUUCAAAGCAUUAGAAUUUUGUUAAAUUUAUAAAUUAGAUAAAAAAUAAUUCUUAUAAAUUAUUAAACGAAAUCAUCGAGAUUUUGAAACAUUUCAUCAUGUGAAAGAUUAAAUAAAUUUAUAUAAGGAUUAUUCAAAAUUAAUAAUUCAAUGUGAUAUAUGUAAAGAAUAUUCUCACUAAGAAAUUUAAUGUCCAAAACUUACUUAUUAACCUAAUUUUGAAUAACGUUUAAAAAAGUAACAAUUUAAAAGUGAAUAUAAUACUCGAUGCUUUCAUAAGAGAACAUAAUUAAAAAUCAAUACACUUGAUGUACUCAAUACUAUUUAAACAUCAGUUAAGAGUUAUUUAUAAUAAGAAAUUUCUCAAAUUUUAGGUUUUAAUUUUAGUGGUAAUAAUGAAUCAGCUACACAUAUUUAAAAAGCCGAAUUUUAAUCAAAUACAAUUAAUUUAACUGAUAAUGAACCUUAACAAAAUAUCAUUAAUUUAAAAUCAAUUACAAUAAAAUCAUAAAAUUUUGAUAAUGUUGCUACUAUUCAAGGCAAGAAUUUGAAUGAGUAUAUUGCUGAAACUGAAGUUAAUUGCCUUAUGGAAUUAGAAAAAUAACAAUUAAAUGUUUCUUACAAUAUUGAUAAAAUGUAUCAUUUUACAGAUUAUAUGACUCAUAAUAAUUUAAAAAAUGUAAUUUAGAAUAUUGGUAGAAAAUUAAGUAAGAAAGAAAAGAAAAUAUUAUAAUUACAAGGCAAAUAUACAUUCUAUUUUAAUGUUAAGAUAAAAGCAUAAAAAUUAAGAGAUUCUAUGAAAUAUUUAAAUUAAUCUGAUUGA